AUGUCAUUCGAGAUCGAGCAGCGAGCAAUCCAAGAAGAGAUCGCCCCCACCACCGAGCAUUCCCUCCAGCUUGCCAGAAUGGGACCGAAUCCUCUCUCCUCGCUCAUUCCUCUGAUCCCCACGUCCUGUAUUGCUGCCUGGUCCUUGGUCGCUGGCUUACUUUCCGAAGAUUGGAGAGCUACCCAUUAUGUAUUGAUCCUUGAAUCUCUGUUCGCGACUUGGAUGCUGUAUGGGGUUUUCAUGAAGGGAGCUAAGACAGACACUGAAAGGGAGAAGAAGGAUACUAUUAUGGACUUGCCUCUUUGA